AUGCCAGAAUUGUUCUAUCAUGAUGAGGGUUACUAUCUUGUGAGAUUCCAAACAUUGGAGGACAUGAAGGAAAUCAUGUGUGCUGGUCCUUAUACAAUGAAUGGAAGACCAAUGAUAAUGAAACAUUGGUCUCCAUACUUUGACUUUGCUGCAGAAUUUUUAACAGAUAUUCCACUAUGGGUAAGGUUCCCAAAACUUCCUAUGAAUUGUUGGAGUGGGAACUCACUGAGCAGAAUAGCAAGCACAAUAGGGAUCCCUAUGUUUGCAGAUGAGUGUACUGCUAAACAGACAAGAAUAUCCUAUGCUAGAAUUUUGAUAGAAGUGAAUGUUACAAAACCCCUGCCAACAAGUAUUCCAGUCAUGAAUGAAGGAGGGGUGAUGUUUGAGCAAGUAGUGGAGUAUGAUUGGAAACCUGAUUUCUGUGAAAAAUGUUUAAAGGCAGGACAUAAUUGUAGCAGAAUCCCAAAGGAAAAUGACAAGCCAAUUCCUCAGCUCAGUAAUAGGAAGCCACCACCAGUAAAGCAAAUAUGGAGAACAAAGGAGCCAACUCAAGUUACAAUAAAUGAAGGGGAUCAGAAACAUGAUGAAGCUAUCAGCAAGGAAGUUUCAAAUGUACCUAAGCCAAUUGAAAACAAGGAAACUCACAAAGAAGGAGAGGCAAUAGAGACAAGCAGGCAGGUAGAUAAAGGGAAAAUGAAGGCAGUUGAAACUCCAAUGACCUAUGCCAAAGCUAUAAUGUCCCCAGUGAAUCAAAGGACCCAAGCUAGCCAGAGUACAACUGUGAUAGCAAUUCAAAAACCACCUAAUAUAGGUGGGCAAUCCCAACAUUGA